GGAAAAGAAAAUAAAGGACAACCAUGGUUAAAGGGUCGGUCAGAUAUUAUCCUAAUAGCCAUGGUUAAGUAGCACCAGUAGAGGAGACUAGUAUUUCUGUUGUGUUUUUAAAGUUCUUCUCCCCAGCAGCUAGCCGUCAUGGAUCCUCAGCUACUCACUCCCAAACUCCUUUUCCAUUGAACAACAACUAGAAGUUGCAGAACAACAACGACCCACAGUUCUUGUUUGGGAUUUUCAUUGUUGUAUAUAAAUAAUCAGAGUGAGUGAGUGAUCUCAAGAUAUUUGUGUUUUUGACUGACUGACUGAUUGAGGAGGUUGUUGUGGUUGUUUUACCGUGUGUGCUUUUCAGUUUCUAAUUUCAAGGAUAAGAGCUGCAAAAGUGGGUUGGUUGAAGAAGGUGGUUACUUCAAUGGAUGGAGUGUGCAAAAGUCUGUACAGAAGAAGAAUGAAGCUGGUGUAGAGACUGAUUUUGAUAAUGUAAAUUAACCAAAAAAUGCCAAAUUCAUCUUCUCAUCUUCAUCAUCACCGUUUCAGCAACAAACUUGAUUCAUCAUCUACAGCAACAACACAACCCACUCGGAUGACUUAUUCUUCUGCUGCUGCUACUGAUCUUGAUUUCCCACCUGAGAAUGAAUUCGUGGAGUUAGUGUGUGAAAACGGUCAAAUUAUGAUGCACGGCCAAUCAGGUAGUAGGAACAGGAAGAAUUUAUCUGUUGGUGGUUUUUCAUCUCCUUCAUCUAAGAAAGAUGCAGCAGGAGGAGGAGGAGAUGUUGUCAAUUCAAAGAUUGGUAGUAAGUUUGGUAAUAUGGAUGCUGCCGCCGCCAAUGAUUUCUCGGCCGCGACUGGAGGGCCUUCUUCGGCACAUCAUCACAUUGGGGGAUUGAAUCAAGAUGAUGAUAUUGGUCCAUGGUUGAGUUAUCCUCUUGAAGAUUCUAUGCAACAUGAUUAUGGUUCAGAUUUCUUCUCUGAAUUGACUGGGGUCAAUCUCAAUUCCUUGUCUUCCUCUCAUCAGACUCACACGGCUCAGUCUCAGAAUUUUGGUGUGGUUCCAUUUGAAAUUAAGAAUACUAGUGCUAGAUAUUCUCAGAUGAUUACGGAUUCCAAUUUGUCCACUGACACCACCACAGCAACUAGGCCUAGGAGCAGUAGUAUCAAUCAGUUAGAAUGCCAUAAUUCGAAUUCAUCUCCUCGACCAAGAGCUUCAGAUUUCAGCAGUGGUGAUGUUAACCAGGCAUCUUAUAGAUAUUCAAAGCAGACACCAGAAGCAGCAGGUAAAGUGCUUAUCCCGAAGAUGCAGAAGCAAGAUCAAGUUCCCAUCACUAGUACUCCUCUGGGUUUGAUGAAUUUUUCCUACUUUUCGCGCCCUGCUGCACUUGUUAAAGCCAAUCUUCAGGGCAUCAGCGUUGCACCCAGUGCAGGUUUAUCCAGCGCAGAUAGGACAGGAAGUAAGGUUAAGAUGUCUGGUUUUAGUAGCAACCCUGUCGAGUCCCCUCUCAUUGACUUGACGACUAGUUCCAAAGGUGUUGGAGGAUUCCAAAAUCCACCAGUUCAGAUUGUAAGCAAGGUGGAUAUUGAUCCAUCAACCAGUAACCCUGCUAAGGAAUUGUCCUCUGCUGAGCAGUCUGGGGCAAUCUCUCGAGAAGAUGCCUCUAGGAGUACUGAGUUGACAGAUAAAAUUCUUCGUCAAACGUCGAGUUUUGCGGCAAGUACAAACACAGAAAGGCCAGACACUGAUAAGAGUGUGGAACCACCGGUUGCAUCUUCUUCGAUGUGCUCGGGAAACAGUGCUGGAGGAACUUCUAAUGAUUACAAACACUCCUCCAAGAGGAAAUCUCGCGAAGUAGAUGAGUCUGAAUACCAAAGUGAAGAUGUAGAAGAAGAGUCUGCAGGGGCAAGAAAACAAUCUAAUGCUAGAGGAGGCUCAGGUGCUAAGAGGACUAGAGCUGCGGAAGUGCAUAAUUUGUCUGAAAGAAGACGGAGGGAUAGAAUAAAUGAGAAGAUGCGAGCAUUACAAGAACUCAUACCCAACUGCAAUAAGGUGGACAAAGCUUCAAUGCUUGAUGAGGCCAUUGAGUAUCUGAAGACUCUUCAGCUUCAAGUACAGAUUAUGUCGAUGGGAACAGGGAUGUAUAUGCCUCCAAUGAUGCUACCUACCGGAAUGCAACGUAUGCCUGGACAACACAUGCCGCACUUCCCACACAUGGGUGUUGGGAUGGGAAUGGGAAUGGGCAUGGGUUUUGGGAUGGGAAUACUCGAUAUGGGCAGCGCUUCUUCGAUGAUGCAGGUGCCUCCAAUGCAUAACAUGCAGUUCCCUUGCCCACCUCUUCCGGGACACAAUAAUUUUCCCACCAUGCCUGGAUCUAACCUUCAGAUGUUUGGGCACCCUGGUCGAGGGAUACCCAUGCCAAUGCCACAUCCAUCCUAUGCCCCUCCAUCUGAAGGCCCUUACGCAAAAUCGGUUCCGGUGCCUGAUGUCCCGAGAACUGCUACUCCUGCUGAAAUUCCAGGACCAGCAUCCACGUCAAGUUCCAAGGACAUUAACUUACAAGUAAUUCAGAAUGCAAACGUCGAAAGCCAGCAGAACCCAAAGUCUCAGCAGGACCAAGAAGCAGGAGAUGGGUUUAAGCUGUCCACUCUGGCUCAAAGAAGCGAUCAAAGUCCGCCUGUGGUGGCAACUGAGAAAUCUACUCUUCCAACAGGAAUGGGACCUUAGCUGUUUGAAUAGUGUAUGGGUUAUUGAUGGUUGGUUUGGUAGAAAAGCUUCAAUUGACAACUAGUUACGUCUGAGAAGAAGAAGAAGAAGUGGCAUAUAGAUACAUACGAGCAGUCUGCUUCUUAUUCCAUUCAUUCGUUUUGAUCUUUGUUAUAGAGCUGACUUAAAUUGUCAGGGUGACUCCACUCUCUAGAGAUGGAGAACUCAACUAGAAGUUCCUCCCAUAAACAUAUGCAUUCCAGUGUCUGUUGUAUCACUACUAUUCUAUACUAACUCCUAUAAGAAUUUUGCUGAGCUGAAAGCGGGUUGUGUUGUCUGCUGCCUUUUUCUUCAUAUUUUUGCCUUUUGUUGUAUAUUCAGUUGCCAGACCCAUUAUGUAUGUAUGAGUGUCUGAGUUGAUCUCUAAUAUGGAAAUCUAUUAAUAGUUGAAGCUGUGCUUCAUUAUCCCUGCCACUCUAAACAUUAGUUUUGAGCAAUAAAAGCUUUUCUUGUU